GACACGCUGAGCGGAAUGAACCAUUUUCCCCACAGUCCCUCAGAGGAGGGGAGGCAGAGAGAGAGACGGGCGGAGAGAACAGAAGCUUCGGAGCCGCAUUACAGCCGCAUACACCGAGGUGACGGAGGGAGAACCAACUCACGCGUCGUGAUGGGGAGGUUAAGCGAGGUGGUUCUUGUGUCCUUCUUCAUUGUGUUUCUCCUGAACACUGGAUCCACGUGGGCUAAAAAAGGUGUCUCUGUCAGGAAACCUUCUAUAAGCACCAACAAAGGCACUUCACACUCAAAGCCAUCACACUCUCAACCUGGACGACAAUCUCCCGGGAGAGAUCCGUAUCCAGCCGGUGGGAGUUACCCAUAUCCGGGGAACACCAAUCAAGGAGGACAUACACGACAGAAUCAGCCAAGUUAUCCAGGAGCUGGUAAUUACCCACAACAGAAUCCCGGGAGAGUCAAUCCUGGAGGUUACCCCAACCAAAACCCUGGGGGUUACCCAAACCAAAACCCUGCAGGUUACCCAAACCAAAACCCCGGGGGUUAUCCAAACCGAAAUCCUGGUUAUCCAAACCAAAACCCAGGCAGCUAUCCAAACCAAAACCCUGGAGGUUAUCCUAACCGAAAUCCUGGUGGUUAUCCUAACCAAAACCCAGGUAGUUACCCAAACCAAAACCCCGGGGGUUAUCCAAACCGAAAUCCUGGUUAUCCUAACCAAAAUCCCGCCUUUCCACCUGGAGCUGGCCAGCCAGCUGGAGGCUACCCAAACCAAUAUCCAGGCAGAGCUGGAUAUCCAAACCAGUACCCUGGUGGCUAUCCUAAUCAGUAUCCUGGUGGCUUCCCUGCAGCGGGGGGCUUCCCAGGUGCAGGUGGCUACCCCAUCAGAACGGGAACGGGACAGGGCUGGGGUGCACCUGCUGCAAAUCCAGGGGGAUACGGAUACCCAGGUGGUUACCCUAACUGGAACCCAAACAAUAAGAUCCUUAGUCCCCGUUUUGGAGGCGGAGGUUAUGGAUAUGGAGGUUAUGGGAUGGGAGGGUCUCCUUUCUCCCAGUCUGUGCAGAGAAUGGGAUAUCAGCCCAAAUCCACAGGAUUUGCCAAAAAAGCCAUGAUGGCAGCGGGUGUCGGUGCUGUGGCUGGAAUGGCUGUGGGAUAUGGACUGGGGCGCUUCCCUCGACCCCAUUUUACUUUCCGCAACCCCGAAGAAGAGUAUUACUACAACAACUACAUGUAUCGCCGUUACGGCACCCAGUCCACAGAUCAGAAAGACUAUGGCCGCGAUUAUGUCUACAGACCUCCCCCACGAGCCGAGACCUACGAGAAAUUCAUGGAUCGCUGCAUGAACAGGACAGACCUUCUCAAAGAUCAGAGGAGCGGCUCCACCACCCCGAAGAGUGAAGGCGACAAAGAGGACGAUGACGUGGUCAGUAUCGAGGAGAUCGGCUACCCUGCCCUCAUUGAGCAGAUGAAGGCUCGACGCUGCGUGGAGGAAUACAUGGUGGAGUCCGAGAAAUAUCUGCAGGAGCGAAAAGCCGAGCAGCAGUUCCAGCCGAGUCGCAGCAGUCCUUUGGGCUACGGGGUGAUCCAGCUUUCCGCUUCGCUCCUCAUGCUGCUGUCGAGCAUGCUCCUGCUUCAGUAGGGAAACAACGGGAAUGCUUUCACCACGCCC